CACAUUCAGUUUCUUCUUUUUUCCCCUUUUUAUUCUUUCAUUGUAUUGUCAGGCAGAUGUUUCUUCUACAAGAGCCUUCAUCAGUGUAUCAGGGCCUGGAGAAGGAGACAUCUGAGAGAGGGGCACUUGGCUGCAAAUGGGGGGCAUUAGCCUGUUUUAUUCGUCAAUACUAAGGGGGCUGUUGGCAGGCUCAUGAUGAGGUCAAGGGGCGUCUGUUCAAAAAAAAGAUUGAGAACCACUGGUGGUAGGCUCUGCAGGCACUGAUGUCACCAUGGCGUCACCCCAUGUGUGUGUGGGUGAAGCACCUCUCUCUCUCAUGUAGGUGGCACUUCGCACCUGCUUGUGGAUAUGUAGAGCGCUUGUGCAAGCGAGCAAGGCAUCUGAGGGGGUAAAUAUAACUUGCAGGAGCAGAGUGGAGCAGUGUCCCCCGACAAGCUUCCGUCUCCAGUCAUUUGAUGCCUCCUACAGUUUGCAUGCAUGCAAACGUUGCAGCGGUUUGGCAUUUGUAAAAGUGCACAUGCACUGCUUUGUGUGUGUGUGUGUUGGAGUAACUGUGUUUUUAUUCUGUUUUCUCAUCUGGGUUCUGUUGUGGUUGUUUUUUUUUCUUUUGUUCUUUGCACAUUUCCUGCUGCACAGAUAUCGUAACACUUAUACCUGUACUACUACUUAUAGAUGUAUCUUGUCACUGUAGCGUCUUUGUGAAGAUGGGCCCAUUGGUGGGCCUGUUCACAAAAAAAAACAAUUACAUUAUAACAGCACUGCUAUGACACAUUAUUAAGAGCCUUAGAUAACAGAUUAAGACUUUGUCGUUACAAUUUUGGUGAGAGAGGCUCUGCGCAAAGGGGUUAAUUUCAUCCAAAUUGAGUCUUGGUAAAAAAAACAACAACAAAAAAUUAAUUCCUGUAUGGAUUAGUUGGUAAACACCUCUCUUGCAUAAUACAGUAUAUCUUACCAUUUACUCUAAUGUCUCUGACACAGAUAGCAGCAUGCGAGUGAAAGAAGUUGUGAAGGAAUUCAACGCCGGAGGCAAGUUAUUUCAACACAGAUGUGGAGAUCGUGUUGACUGGACGGGGUUCUCGCUCUUCCUGAAGACCUACUUGGAGGCAGACAACCUGCCCACGGAGCUCUGCCAGCAUCUCUUCCAGUACUUCCAGGACUCUGAGCAGUGCAGGGAGGAGCAUAAGAAUGAAGGUGUAUGUCUCAAGGCAAUGUCUUGCUACUUCUCUGUCCUGGAGGAAGGCAAGCCAAAAGAAAAGCUGGAAUUUACCUUUAAAAUGUAUGACAAAGAUGGAAAUGGCUACCUGGAUAAAGCUGAAGUGGACUCCAUUAUAACGCAGAUGAUGCGCGCCGCAGAUUACCUCGGCUGGGAUGUCACCGAGCUCAGACCGGUUCUGGAGGACACCAUGACGGCCAUCGACGCAGACAGCAGUGGCACGGUGACCCAGCAGGAGUGGAUCCUGGGCGGCAUGAACAACAUCCCUCUGCUGGUGCUGCUGGGCCUCAAGGCAAGUGCGCUAGACCUCAAGAUGGCGGAGCAGGACUGCCAGCACACGUGGAGGAUGAAGAACUUCAAAAAGCCGGCGUACUGCUGCGUGUGCGAGGGGAUGCUGAUGGGACUACGCAAACAGGGCCUCUGCUGCAAUGUUUGCAAGUACACAGUCCAUAGUCGUUGUGCCAACAAGAGCAUCGCUCCCUGCGUGCGCAGCUAUGUCAAGACCAAGGCCGAAACUGGGAUUCCUGCGCAUGAUUGGAUCAGGACAGAGAGUGACUCCAGUAAAUGUGACCACUGCCAGAAGAAGAUCAAGACCCUGACAGGGAAACGCUGUGCAUGGUGCCACCACAUGAGACAUGAUGACUGUGUGAGUCAGGGUCCUUCAGAGUGUGACUGUGGACCACUGAGAGACCAUAUCUUGCCCCCCUGGUGCAUCAGUCCUCUUCUCAAGGAGGAUGAUGGCGUUGCAUGUGGUGAUGGCAGACUGAUGAACUUGACAUCAGAAGGAACCCACUUACACAUCACUCCCCCGCCAGAGACCCACCCCCUCCUGGUCUUUGUCAACCCUAAAAGCGGCGGGAAACAAGGAGAGAGGGUGAUGAGGAAGUUUCAGUACCUCCUGAACCCCCGACAAGUCUUCAAUCUCAACAACGGAGGCCCUAGUUCUGGGCUUCACUUCUUCAAAAACCUUGAGCAGUAUCGUGUGUUGGUGUGUGGAGGUGAUGGAACAGUGGGCUGGAUUCUAGAUGCUAUUGACAAGACAGAGCUGCCAGUGUGCCCCCCAGUGGCCGUACUGCCUCUUGGCACUGGGAACGACCUCGCCCGCUGCCUGCGCUGGGGAGGGGGCUACGAUGGCUCGGACCUGCGUGAGAUCAUCAAGGGGAUAGAGGGAGGUGUUGAGGUUCCUCUCGAUCGCUGGAGUGUGGAGGUGGUUCCUGAUAACCCUCAAGAGGAGGGAGACCCUGUGCCCUAUGAGAUCAUCAACAACUACUUCUCCAUCGGUGUGGAUGCGUCCAUUGCACACCGCUUUCACACUCUGAGGGAGAAGAACCCACAGAAGUUCAAUAGCAGGACGAAAAACAAGCUGUACUAUUUCGAACUCUCUGCAUCUGAAACCAUCUCUGCCUCCUGCAAGAAACUUUCAGAAUGUAUCUCUAUUGAGUGCUGCGGGGUCCCCCUGGAUCUGAGCAGCCUGGACCUGCAGGGUAUAGCCGUCCUCAACAUUCCCAGCAUGCACGGCGGUUCAAACUUGUGGGGGGGCGAGUCGCGGAAGGAUGAAGCUGACAGAGACGCAAGUUUACCGGAUGUCAUCACUGAUUACGACACCCUAAAGACUAGUUCACAAGACGUGAGUGAUAAGCGGCUGGAGGUGGUGGGUCUGGAAGGGGCUCUGGAGAUGGGCCAGAUCUACUCGGGCCUGAAGAGUAAGGGCCUCCGCCUGGCCCAGACGGCCCAGAUCACUAUCAGGACACUGAAAGCUCUUCCCAUGCAGAUAGAUGGAGAGCCCUGGAUGCAGCCGCCAUGUACAAUUAACAUCAAGCACAAGAACCAGGCGAACAUGCUGAUGGCUGCUCCGGCCAAAUCCUCUGGCUUCUGGAAGUGAGGUGGAGACAGCUCAAGUUCUCCAUGACAGCCCCAUCACCUGGCAUCCCCUUUACUCCCCUGCAACAAACCACAACUUUCUCCCUCUCUAUGUCUCUCUUUACAAAUCUCUCUGCCUGUCCUUCUGCCUGUCUUAAGUUCUUAGUGAGUUUUUUCACUUCUGUCGGCAAGGAGGAAGGGCCACAUCAUGAAGCGCCUCUUCCUUGCUCGGGUCAUACCGUAUGCUCACCACAGAGAAACUGAUCUGACUUGAAACAUGCACAUGUUUGAAUGCCUACACAGCCAUUGUUUUUUUUAGACGUGUUAUGUCUGCUUACAGGCCUGCCUUUGUCCAUUGUCAGUGGAGUGGAGUAAGAGAUAUUGUGUAUUAUUAUCACCACUUUUGUGUUAUGAAAUGAAAACAGUCCUGUUUCACUCCCUCAUGUGGAUUGCUUUUGACGUAUUGUGGCAUACGUACGUGGUGGUGACACGUGUUAUUUAUAUGCUUGAAGGGAAAGGGUACAGACUGCAUAUGUGGUACGACUAGGAGUCACUUUUAAACAUAUGAAGCCACUAGGAUAUGGCUACUGUUAAGCAUUUUAGCACCUUUUCAGAGUUGUCUGCGAUGCAAUAUAGGAAGUGAUCUUAAUUGAGGUGGGGUUGCAGGUUAACCAUUUUAAGAAUAUGUACUAUUAUGACAUCAUGUUGGGGGUUCCGCAGGCUCAUAGGAGUCUAUGUAGAACCUUAGAAUCCUGGGAGAGUUCCCCCAACAUGAUGUCAUACCUGCAACCCCACCUUUAAUGUUUGUUGUUGUCUCCAUUUUUGGCUAAUUUGGAUUUCGUCUACUGUGAUCCUGCUUUAGUAUGGUUGUCUAUGGGCAUGUCCGCUUCUGUCAUUGAAACCACCCUGAUCAUUUGUUUUCAGAAAAUGGGCAACUCAACAAGUGGUAACUGGUUUUCACUUGGAUUCUAUAACACAUUUCAUACUGAAAUCUGGCUUCUGUUGUGUUUUAUGUAGCAUUUUGUAAAUCGUAUUAUUUUCUUUCGUUUUACAAAAUCCAAAAUUAGCCAAAUAAUAACAGCAUGCAAGCAGCAAAAAAACACGAUGAUGACCACUCUAUUGCAUUGCAGACAUCUCAGAAAAGGGGCGAAAUAUGCUCAAUAGUGGACAUGCCCCCUUUGAUGGAUGUGCAGUGUACGCCAUUAUCAUGCUAACCUGUGGUAUCGCAAGCCAGAUGUUCAUUUCACCACUGUAGGUUUACUACUCCUCAUUUAUUACUACUCAUUUAUUCAUCCUCAUUUUAAAUUAUUUAUUAACACAGUUAUUAACGUAAAACGAGAAGUCUAGGUUUGCUUGUUUUUGUUAUUAUUUAAGUGACGACAUUUUUAUUCUGCUUUAACCUGUGUAAUAGCCUGUCCUACUGAUCGCCAGUUUGGAAUUGUGCUCAGCAUUCAUUAUAAACUAAUGUGGAACUGGUUUUGAUAAUUACAUGUGUAUCUGCUUUGUUAGUGUUCGUUACACACAUUGUUUCAGAUAUUAUUUUGAGCUGCAUGUAAAUAAUAGUUCUGUGUCCCUGUUCUACAAUACCAGUGUUCAUGAUAUGAUGAUUUCCAAACAGAAAGUGGUUACUGGAAGCUGCUGUACAUUAUUACUUUCCGACUUGAAAGUAUAACUUAGAAAGUAUUACUUUCAGUACUCGGAAAAAGUAUUAAGAUAUUUGUCUAGAAAUCACACAUGUAAAACCUGUGUAUAGUUAUUCAUAUACACAUGUUAAUUCAACAGAUCGAGAGCCCAAUUCAAGGCUCUUUAAGUUUGUCCUAUUUUCUCGGUGUCAAAGUAACACUGUGAAAUGUACUGUGUUCUACCACAUGCAGCCCUCCUCUCUGAA